UAUAAAAAGAGCGCCUGCGUGCGUCAGAUAGUUUUUCUCCAAUGGGUAAAGGUGACUAAAAUACUUGUUGUCUCUUUCGCCGGGCCCAGUCGCAUCCUAUCGGCAGGGGGAAGGAGAUGAUGCACGACUCCGGAGGUGUCCAAAUGGCGAGGGUGUUGAAGCAUGCCACCCUAUGCCUGAUGCUGCUGCCCCGGUUCCUGGUGGCCGCCGUCAUGCUGUGGCUGCUGGAUUUCUUGUGUAUAAGGAAAAAAGUGCUGCUGAAAAUGGGAGCGAAGCAGGACAGCCCGGACGACCCGCCGGUGUGCGUGUCUGACUCCAACAGGAUGUUCACCUUGGAGUCGCUCAGAGCCGUUUGGUACGGACAGAAAUUGGACCUCCUGAAAUCCGCUCACUUAGGGCGCGCGGCACCUAACACCGAGGUGCUGAUGGUCCAGGAGCGGCGGCAGGUCCGGAUCCUGGACUGCAUGAAAGGGAAGAGACCGCUCAUCCUUAACUUUGGCAGCUGCUCCUGACCGCCAUUCAUGAUGCGUCUGUCGGCGUUUCAGCGCGUCGUGAGCCAGUACGCGGACAUUGCGGACUUUUUAGUUGUAUAUAUCGAGGAGGCGCAUCCGUCGGACGGCUGGGUGAGCUCUGACGCGCCGUACCAGAUCCCGAAGCACCGCUGCUUGGAAGACAGGCUGAGAGCCGCUCAGCUGAUGCUCGCCGAGGUGCCGGGGAGCAACGUGGUGGUCGAUAAUAUGGACAACGAGUCCAACGCCGCGUACGGAGCCUACUUUGAGAGACUUUACAUCGUGAUGGAUGAGAUGGUGGUGUACCAGGGGGGCAGGGGGCCGGAGGGAUACCGGAUUUCAGAGCUCAGAAACUGGCUGGAGCAAUACAGGAACGAUCGGAUGAAUUCCCACACAGCAGUGCUCCAUGUGUAGUUGGAAGAUGCUGAACUGCUCCUCUGCUCAUACUGCUUAAGUGUCCAACUCACAGUGCAAAAAUAUUCAGAUGCUGCUAUCAAAUGUUCACACAUGGCACAUUAUGUUGUUGGUUUUUUGAAUAAAGAUAUUCAGGACUCUUUGACAAAUAGCCUAAAGUCAUGUUCAAGCCUAGGCUGUUUUAUCGUGCUUGUAUUGACCUUAAUUGAUUGCGCAUAGCGAUUGUUUUUAUUAUUUUUUGAAUGGAAAAGUCUUGAAUCAGUUGAACCCGGAUUCAUUUAGUGGUCACUCUAUUUUUCUACGGUGUGUGUGCGUGCGUGCGUCUCUGUGUGUGUGUGUGUGUGUGUGUGUGUGUGUG